UUUUUCAGAAUGUCUCGCUCAAAGCAAAACCGCGGAAAUCGCACAAUCCUUUCUCCCUUUUUGCUUCUUCUUGUGCUCGGAUUUCUUUUUACUGUCGAGAAAGUGAUGGCUAUGGAAGGUGUGGAUAAUGCUCCAACCGGAGAGGGAGCUGUUGAGAGUCCUAAAAAAGAAGGAAAUGGUUCGUCUAGUGCUGGCCAUUCUGUAAUUAUGGAUGUGCCAAUUGAAGGUGGUGAGGAGGAAGAUGUGAAAGAUGUGCCUAUUGAAGGCGAAGAGGAGAAAGUGCUUUCUCGCUCUCCAAGUAGUUCCUCUUCAUCUUCGAAAUCUUCAUCUAAUGGAUCAUCCAAAAAAGAAAUGCCCGAACCCAGCGAUGUUCAAGUGGAGGAGGAUGUUUUGGAUACAGAAGAGCCUUCUAAUAUUACUGAAGCUGAGAAUGAAUAUGAUAUGGUAGAACAUGAGCAAGAAAAAAGAAGUGAAGAAUUUGGGGGAGAUGAUGUUGAGGAACACCCUUCAUCGCCAAAACAAUCAUCUCCAAAAGCAACCUCUCCUCAUUCGAGUCCAAGUAAAUCACCGAGAAAGAUGGAAGAUUUAGAGGAACAAUACAUCGAGGAACACCAAUCAUCUCCAAAAGCAAAUUACGACUCGGAAGGUUCUGAUGAGGAAUUACCACAACAAUCCUCGCCAAAAGCAACCUCCCCACAUUCAAGUUUUAAAAAAUUUCAAAAAGAGAUCGGCGAAGUAUUUAGUUUGGAUGAGGAUUUGCCACAACAAUCGUCACCAAAAACAACUUCUCCACAUCCGAGUCCAAAAAGCUCACCAGAAAAGUUUGACGACUCGGAAAGUUCAGAAGAUUUACAAGUAAGUUAUGGAGAGUAUCUUCCUUCUGAUGAGGAAUUGAUGGCAAGGAACAAUAAAGGAAAACAAAUUGAAAAGUCACCAAGUGUUUCGUCAACAAAAACCGAAAAAAACUCUGACAAUGAGUUUGAAGAACCAGAGAGUCCUCAAUUUACCCCUCCUCGACUUAGCUCGUCAGAACUUAAAAAAGAACUUGAAAAAAACUAUGGUUUGGUAGUUCCAAAGUGGAAACAUCUAGAUGAAGGGGAUGAUGGUCUUAAAAGUAAAGGAAUGAAAAAGGCAAAGAGUUUGCCCGAAUUAUCUCAAAAAUCUGAAGAUUUUUCACCUCUAAAAUCUGAAAAAUUGUCAGCAAGUUUUUCCCAUGAUAUUCGUGAGAAUAAAGGUAUAGUGGUAUAUUUUUGAAUUGGUAUGCUUUCUCACCUGCAAAAAGAUGGGAGAUGGAAUGGAACCAGCGGUAAAAAGCCCAAUCCAAAACAUAAUUGGUACUAUGCAACAUUCUGGUCAGGACGAAACUCCAUUACGAAUUUUAGGAUUUCGGAACAGUCGGAUCCGUAUUACAACAAAACACGAUACAUACCUAUAGGCUUAAGGAGAAGGCCUUCUAAA